AUGUAUGUUGCCCCAACGAUCUAUGAAAUUAUAUGCUGUAGGAUACAUUAUUUUGGAAACUCUGGAGAAGUUCUCUUUGUUGACAGGAACAUCAUUUUUGUAUGUUUUUUUAGGCACWUUGAUGGAAACCAUAAAUUAAUACAGCCAUAUAGGAUAGUAAUUCAUGGAGCUAUUGAUGGGUUCUCAAGACUCAUUGUAUAUUUAGGGGCAUCAACAAAYAACAGGUCUUCAACUGUGCUAUCUUUGUUUCAAACUGCUGUAGAAAGCUAUAAUCUGCCAUCCAGAGUAAGAUCAGAUCUUGGAUUGGAGAAUAUUGAUGUUGGAAGGCUUAUGCUUGAAGAAAGAGGUCUUAAUCGUGGAAGCAUUAUUACUGGCACAUGUGUGCACAACCAAAGAAUAGAACGAUUGUGGAGGGAUGUUAACAGAAUUGUUGUUUCUCGAUUCCUUGACAUAUUUCUCUAUCUUGAGAGGCAUGGGGUAUUCGAUCCUUUAAAUGAGGUCCAUUUAUAUUGUUUACAUCUCGUAUACAUAGAAAUGAUAAAUCAACAACUGAAUGAAUUUAAAGGUCAGUGGAAUAAUCACUCAUUAACAACAGCAAACAACUUCUCACCUCGACAGCUUUGGAUAAUGGGGAUGGCAAAUGAUCAGAACUCUCGGCAUCUAGCUGUUCAAGAUGUACUAAGUGGAACACUUAAUUCAAAUUAUGGAGUGGAUGAACUUGGACCUGUACCAGAAUUUGAGGAGUAUUCAGUUCAAGUGCCAGAAUCUCCAAUUCGUUUGACAGAAGAUCAGCUCAACAUUGUUAAAACUGUGAUUGAUACUUCAAGAAGAAAUGAUGACAAUGGGAUUGUUUCAUUUAGCAUGGCUUUAAAGGUCAAAUGCAACGGAAAAACCAAUCCUAUUUUUGCGAUUUCAAAUGAAACUUUAAGUCAAGAGAAGGUUAUAUUUUCAUUUUGAGCAAAUUUCUUCAAGUUUUACCUCAGUUUUUUAGCGAUUACUUUUGGACUUCCGAAAUCACUCCGAAGAACGUCAAUAUUUCCGCGCGAGGAAUGGAAUCGAGUGAUGACGUCACAGAUGGUGAGAUGUG